AAGGCAGCGAGAAAAGACUAAUGAUCCAGCAUGUGGAGCCAGUCAAUCCAAUAACAUGGACAAGUACGAAAAGGUGAAGAAAAUUGGGGAAGGUUCAUUCGGAAAGGCUAUCCUGGUCAAAUCCAAAGAUGAUGGACACCAAUAUGUCAUCAAGGAGAUUGGCAUAUCUGGAAUGUCCAGCAAAGAGAGGCAGGAAUCUCGAAAGGAAGUUGCUGUUCUUGCCAGCAUGAGUCAUCCAAACAUCGUCCAGUAUAAGGAAUCUUUUGAAGAGGGUGGCUGUCUGUAUAUUGUGAUGGACUACUGCGAGGGUGGAGACCUAUUGAAAAAGAUCAACUCUCAGAAAGGGGUACUGUUCUCAGAAGAGCAAAUCCUAGAUUGGUUUGUGCAGAUCUGCCUAGCGCUCAAGCAUGUACACGAUCGAAAAAUUCUCCACAGAGACAUAAAAUCACAGAACAUCUUUUUGACAAAAGAUGGAACAGUUCAGCUUGGAGACUUUGGAAUUGCAAGGGUGCUGAACAGAACAUCUUUUUGA